GCUGUCAAAAUUACACAUUCGCUAAAAAAAGCUUUUACCAUUGCAUGGAACCAUUGCUAUUUUUGUGCAAAUUUUCGAAAAUUGAUAUAUUUAAUAGUGAAAAAACUUAUUCCAGUCUUUGUCGGAAGUAAGUACUAUCCCAGAAACGUGAAGGUUACCCUGAAUUGACCCGUUUUCUCGACUAUUUUUACUGCACCGAACGUCGAACCGAUUUCGCAACGAUUGAAAACGUUUCAAAAUGGCCUCGUCAUUGAACCGCUUUUUUACCAAGAAAAUCGAUCCUACCGUCUUCGAGUACAAGGAAGAAGAUGUAUCCGCAAGUAGUAGCGAAACGGACAGCAUCCCGGAGGAAGACGACGAUGUUUCUAGUGAUGAGCAACCGGCAGUUACUUUCGCUAAGAAGCUAAGACGCGACUCUGCGAACGGUGGCAUAGCGCUAGAACGUAACCCAACAAGACGGCCGAAUCCUAAAAUUUCCAAUCGAAAUGCAUUGUUGGCACGGGAAAAUCGCAAACGCAAGAAGGAACAUGUCGAGAAUCUCGAGAAAGAAGUUGACGAACUAAAGGAACUAAACAGCAAACUUCGUAAAGAGAUGAAGAGAAAGACCAAACUGGUGACGCAAUUGACCAGAGAAAGGAACUAUUUGAAAAAUGUAAUUGCUAACAAAACCGGUAUUAUGGCAGUGUUGAAUUCAAUCAGUAAGGGUGGCUUUCCCAUAACAUCAUCCGGACUUAGUUAUGUGACCGAUGCAACAAGAACACGAACGGGCGGCAGCAGCAGUGACGAAGGCUUCGGAUCACCACGUCCGAGGCCUGCCGAUGGGGAGGACAGUUACAACACGCACGGUUUGGCAGCGCAGGAAGUGUUGUUUGACGAAGAAUUCAGUCGACUGCCGGACGUGGACGAGCUUCUGUCGACGAUGACGAGUAAUGAGCAAAUAAUUACCACCGAACAUAACUAUUUUGAGCUGAAUAAUGCAGCCUCGGUGGAAUCCUGUUCUACGGGAGCUGAGGCCGGAGGCGUGUGUGUUCACAUCGUACCCGGUGGACGGGUUUCGGUGGAGUUCUGUGCAUCCUGUGCGCUGAGUUCCCACCGGGCAUGGCUUGAAGACGAUCAAGAACGAUGAAUCAGGUUUAAGUAAUAUGUCCGUAUCACAUUUUUAUUAAGAUAUUGGUUUAAAAAUAACAGAUUAGGUUUUGUUAUCGUUAGGAGACAAUAAGUUUCAUUAUAUAAUGGGGUUAGUUGGUAGGAGAUUUUGAUUUUUUGCUGAAAAUGUUCAGUUGCAUUACAUACAUACUAGAUGUAGCAACAUUCCAUGAUAACAAGUUGGAGUAAUGACGUAGAAUAGAGACAAAAAAACACCGAAAAUGUUCAUAGUAGUGAAACAAAAAGGUUGAUACGUUACUAGUUAAUAUAUGUUGCAUUUUCAGCUGGCGAUGAACACGCGAGACAUUGAUUUAUUGCAGGAUGAAUGCAUGUUCAAGGAUGCGACUCAACUGACCGGUUUCAGAGGGUGCCAAAAAAAGCAAGGAUAACUGAAUCAAUGGACCCUAAGAUGGAAGUCGUUGAGCGCGCGCGCGCGCGCCAUAAACCGGUUCCGCCGUUGUAUCGUUCCAAAACAGGAGGGGAUAUUUAGUUCGAUUCGGUGGAGUGGUGAAAUGAGUUUACAUCAAGCAUAAGAAGUUUUUUUUCUCUAUUUUACUACUUAAAAGUACUCAUUUCUCCCGGGGAUCAUCGAAUCAAGCUAGAAAUUCCUCUACCUUUCGAUUUUCCCGCUUCGAGUCACCUUGCUUUCACUCCAAUUUUUCUGUCAUUGGACUGUUAUUUCAGGGAUUUGGAUUAAAUGAAGAAUGGGAGAGAGAGAAGCUUCCACUGAGAGAAUUUCGGACAGACUCACUCGUUUCACUCUGAUUUAGAAGCAAGUCACAGAAUACGUUCGCUAGAGGUAAGCCGAUAUUUUGUUAUAUGAUACUGCAGACCUGACCCCAAAUAUUUGACAUUAAAAUAGUAUAAGAAGUAGCAGUUGAAUACCAUGAAUACAACUAGCAUACCGCGCACUAUUUUGAAGAGUAAAA